GAUGGCCAACAAUUCUCUGCAAAUUGUAUGAAUACAGCUGGUCAUAUUUGGACGAUGAUUCAAAGAAGAGUUGACGGUUCUGUGAACUUCUACAGGGGAUGGAUGGAAUAUAAAAAAGGAUUUGGUGACCUAAAUUCUGAGUUCUGGAUUGGGCUUGACAACAUCCGCCUGCUGGUGAACAAUGGCUUUACAGUCCUACGUGUGGAAUUAGAAUACGGUACAGAAUCAGUGUAUGCAGAAUACAAUAGUUUCUCUAUUGCAGGAGAGAAUGACAACUAUCGAACCCAUGUCUCUGGAUACAGCGGAACGGCGGGAGACGGAAUUUCGUGUACAAAUCUGUAUUGCAACAAUGAUGCGCAGUUUUCCACAUUCGAUAAUGAUAAUGACGCUCAACCGACACAAAAUAAUGCAUUUAACUGGCGAGGAGCAUGGUGGUAUCACGGGGGACAUAUGUCAAACCUAAAUGGUGAAUAUGGCAAUAACAAUCAUGGACAAGGAAUAAGCUGGUAUUAUUUCAAAGGAUGGACAGUUUCUUUGUCUAAAACCCGGAUGAUGCUUCGACGACCUUGAACAUUAUUAGCAACCUCUACAGUUUAAUACCUGAGA